AUGUCUCCGUUACUGUAUGGAUGCGCACAAUUACUGAUGCUCUUGUGGAGGUGCUUCAUCGUGGUUGAUGCUAUGUCGGCCAAUUUCACGGUUGACAACGAAAUUCAUUCAAGUUUCAUCCAGCGCCGUCUGCGGACCCAUGAGCGUAAAGAAAUGCAGCGGGAGAUUCUCUCCAUCCUUGGGUUACCGCAACGACCCCGGCCAAACCUCUACGAGAAGCACACCGCUGCCCCAAUGUUCAUGUUGGAUUUGUACAAGUCUAUUUCGACAGGCGAGGACGAGCUUGGUGGCUUCUCGUACCCCUACGGCCCCAUCUUCACGACACCAGAUCCUCCCAGACAGACUCCGCAAGACAGUAACUUUCUCAACGAAGCUGACAUGGUUAUGAGUUUUGUCAACUUGGUGGAGCCAGAUCUGGAGGUCCUCCCUGGCCCAAGGCACCAGAGGGAGUUCCGUUUUGACCUGUCCCGCAUCCCCGAAGCCGAGGCUGUCACAGCAGCCGAGUUUCGCAUCUACAAGGACUUUGUCCAGGAACGCUACGAGAACGAGACCUUCCGCGUUAGCGUCUAUCAGGUGUUACACCGACACCCAGACAGUGAGGUGGAUCUCUUCCUGCUGGACUCGCGGGUGGUUUGGGCUGCGGAGGAGGGGUGGCUGGUGUUUGACGUCACCGUGACCAGCAACCUAUGGAUCCUGCACUCCGACCAGAACCUGGGCCUGCAGCUGGUCUUGGAGGGGAUGGAGGGCCGGAGUGUGAGCCUGCGCAGUGCAGGGCUGGUGGGCAGCAGCGGCCCCCGCAACAAGCAGCCCUUCAUGGUGGCCUUCUUCAAGGCCACCGAGGUGCGCCUCCGGGGCGUGCGCUCCGCCUCGGGCCACAAGCAGCGCCACGGCAACCGCUCCAAGGGCCACAAGGCCCCCAGCUCCGGCUCCGGCUCCAGCGUUAGCGCCAGCGGCGGCCAGGAGGCUCUGAGGCUCGCCGAGGCCGCAGCAAGCCUGAGUCCUGAUCAGAAACAGGGCUGCAAGAAGCACGAGCUCUACGUCAGUUUCAGAGACCUGGGAUGGCAGGACUGGAUCAUUGCUCCAGAGGGCUACGCAGCGUACUACUGCGACGGAGAGUGUGCGUUCCCCCUCAACUCCUACAUGAACGCCACAAAUCACGCCAUAGUGCAAACACUGGUUCACUUUAUAAACCCAGACACAGUGCCGAAACCCUGCUGUGCUCCCACCCAGCUCCACGGCAUCUCGGUGCUCUACUUUGACGACAGCUCCAACGUCAUCCUCAAGAAGUACCGCAACAUGGUGGUCAGGGCCUGUGGAUGCCACUGA